GUUAGUAGCGAUGCGCGCACGCGCUGCCAUUCUCAUUCUCUCGGCCUGGCCAUGUAUUAUUCAAGCGAUAAACCCGCGUUCGAGUCACGAAACAAGUUCAAAUUUUGCGGAUACAAGUGAUAAUGCAGUUCGCCAAAUUUCUACGUGCAUAAAAAAUUUAGGUGUAACGAAAUGUAUCGGGGCUUACGGUGACUGGCGUGCAGAACGAGCUCUCGGGGGCGAAGUGCAUCGGAGAAAUGGACGCAGUGACAAGUUUCCGUGGCAAAUGUAUAGAAACAUUUCCAAUGAUGAAAUUUAUAUAAAACUCUGUGAUAAUACCGAAAGGCUUCUUGAACGUAGAUCGCUUAAAUUGGACCUUAGUCAAAGCUAUAGCUUGGAACUUGGAAGCAAAGGAAAUGGAUCUUUAAGCGUCGAUAUCCUAAAAUGUGACGAUGAAGAUUCAGGAAGGAGCAGUACGAAGAAACUUCAAAAACAAUUCUACAACAUAAUGCCAUUAUUACUAUUACCAGGUCUUAUAAUGUCCGCCGUCUUGCCGUUUAUCUUGCCUUCCUUAAAAAUGAUGACCCUAGCCGCUGGUAUGUUAAACAACAUGGCUCUCACGGGCGCAGUUUUUACACUUCUUAGAAAUAAUGCAUUCAACGAUAAUUAUCGAAAGAAAAUCAUUUACGUGAACGAUGGUUACAUUAAUGAUAAAUAUGAACCGCUUGCCGAUACGCCACCUGAGGUUAUUGUUGAUGGAGGUUUUAAUACUAAAUUUAAUGAUUUCGAAACUCAUGAUGUUAAAGACUACCACUUCUUUGAAAAUCAACUACCUUUUGAUAACGAUUAUAGAUUAAAUUCGGAAUGGUUGAAAGGUGUAACUCAAGAAAAAGUGAAAAAUGUUAAAAUUAUACCAGAAAAAUUCAGGACGAAUGAAUGGAGAAAACAAGAUGAUAUAAUUAAGGAUCUCAAAGAAACCAAUGUAAAUCUGAACAAAAGUAACCUUUAGUCAUUUGUUAGAAGUUGUUACGUUUAGUUUAAUGUUUAUUUAUUUAUUAUUAAUUUAAAAAUAAAAGAAUUUUUUUAAUAAUCGAUUAUUUAUUUUAAAUAAUUUAGUGAUAAUAAGAAAACCUUAUUGUAAAAACUAUAUUAAAAAGUUAUUCUCCU